AAAGUUGAGUCUCCCACCCAGACCACAGGGCUCAAGGUUGGGAAGGGAAAGAAUCUCGGCUGUCGUCGGGAAAAGGCAAGAAAAGAAGAACGCCCUUGUACUGGAAAUUCUGGAAAACUGACUCCUCCUUUGUUAUUGGAUCUUCCCAACUCUGUGGUAUUUGAAGUCACAUUGCAUUUGUGAAAAAUCAUUCGUUAACAAUAGAGAAUAAAAGAAAGUUUCUGUUGCACUGAGACAGCAGACAAGGACGUUUCUUCUCCGAGUCAUGAGCUGAAGUAGUGGAUCAAGUCACUCUAGCUGAUGGGGUUAUGUUACAAUGGGCAAACUUUUGAAUAAGGAGGAAAUCUGAUUAUGUUGAAUAGUACCAGGUUGCAAAACUUGGAUCAAUUAGACAAUGUUCCUGUUACAUGGAAAUGAAGCACUGAUAUAGACUGGAAGACUGUCUAGAAAAAUGGAAUGCAAUAAGGAUGAGGCCACCAGAGCUAAAGAAAUUGCCGAGAGGAAGUUUGUUGCAAAGGAUAUGCGGGGGGCAAAGAAGUUUGCUUUAAAGGCCCAAACAUUGUUUCCUGAGCUUGAGGGUAUUUCUCAAAUGCUAGCUACACUUGAUGUGUAUAUUUCUGCAGACAAUAAAAUAAAUGGCGAAGCAGAUUGGUAUGGUAUACUCGGUGCAGAUCCUCGGGCUGAUGACGAAACAAUCCGGAAACAAUAUAGGAAGCUGGCUCUCACACUCCACCCUGAUAAGAACAAGUCUAUUGGGGCUGAUGGGGCAUUUAAGUUUAUUUCGGAGGCGUGGAGUUUGCUGUCAGAUAAGGCUAAAAAGGUAGCAUAUGAUCAGAAGAGAAACACAAAAGUGCAGAAGGUUUCGACAAAGUCUUCUGGUGCAUCAGCACAUCAAGGGACUAAUGGGAAUUUCAAUUUUGCAAAAACUACCACUUCUAGUGCCAGAGCUCAUAAACAUACUACUAAACCAGAUUCAACUUCAACUCACAAAUCAAAAUCAAAUACUUUCUGGACUGUUUGCAAUCGAUGCAAAAUGCAGUAUGAAUAUCUUAGAGUUUAUCUUAAUUUGAAACUCCUGUGUCCCAAUUGUCAUGGGGCAUUUUUGGCUGUAGAAACAUCUCCUCCACCUGCAAGUGGUGUAAGACCCGCCACCUCAUUUAACUUUUCCCGGCAGCAGCAAAAUUUCAAUAACCCAGCGCCUAGUAAAAGCAAGUCUAAAGCAGGAAAGAACAAGCCAACCUCGAAUGUUGGAGCAGGUUAUGGUAAUACUGAUUCCUAUAACCAUACUGAUUUCCAGUGGGCUCCAUUUUCGAAAACUUCUGGUGUUUCAACAGCAGCUCAAGCUGCAAGUGUGGUCCAACAGGCAUAUGAGAAAGUGAAGCGGGAGCGUGAGGAGGCACAAGCAGCUACAAAAAGGGAACAGGCCUUACGAAGGAAGCAGCAUGCUUCUAAAAAAGGUAAUAUGAAUCCUACGAAGAGAAGAAGAGGCAUGGAGGAUUCUGGUGCGAGCAGCCAUGGUAAGGAACCUUCAAAUCAAGCAGGAAUGAGAAAUGGAGUAGUAGGAGCAGGUAGCUCAUGUGGUUCUAAACCUGGUAAUUUUGAUCGCUUCUCAAUUAAUGGUAGCUUGAAGACCAGUGGUGCAGGAACUUCCGAGCUUGAGCUUAAUAAUCUUCUUAUGGUGAGAGCUAGAAAAGAGAUUGGCGAGAAACUGAAGGAUAUUCAGUCAAAUACUAUUUCCAAGAGAGCAAUGACAGAGAGUAGAAAUGGAAGUGAGACAGAAAAUGAGAAAGGAGAAAAAGUUAUAUGUAGCUCAGAGAGAUGUGAUCAAAACAACCUCUGCAAUUCUAACAAUAGGAAUAGUGAAUUCCAUGCCACUGAGAUUUCUGCUGGAACUACUAGUGCUAAUGUGGACAUGAAAACCAUGACAAUUGAUAUCCCUGAUCCUGAUUUUCAUGAUUUUGAUCAGGAUCGAACUGAUAGGUCUUUUGGUGAAAAUCAGGUAUGGGUUGCAUAUGAUGAUGAUGGGAUGCCUCGAAUUUAUGCUAUGAUUCACAGUGUGAUUUCUUCGAGUCCAUUAAAGAUGCAGAUCAGUUGGCUCAAUUCAAAGACCAAUGAUGAACUGGCCCCUCUAAAUUGGAUCAUUUCAGGCUUUUCUAAAACUUGCGGAGAGUUUAGAAUGGGUAGAAAUGAAAUCAAUAACUCACUUAAUUCUUUUUCUCAUAAGGUUAGAUGGAGAAAGGGUGCUCAUGGAGCCAUUUGUAUUUAUCCCAUGAAAGGGGAUGUUUGGGCUCUUUAUAGGAAUUGGUCACCUGAUUGGAAUGAGCUGACAGCAGAUGAGGUGAUACACAAGUAUGAUAUGGUUGAGGUACUUGAGGAUUUUAGUGAAGAAAAUGGUGUUAUGGUCAUUCCCCUAGUAAAAGUGGCUGGCUUCAAGACAUUAUUUCGCCGGCACUUGGACCCAGGAGAAAUUAGGAUCAUUCCAAGAGAAGAGAUGUUUCGGUUCUCUCAUCAGGUCCCUUCAUACUUACACAGGGGUAAAGAAACACCAGAUAUCGUAAGGGGUUGUUGGGAGUUAGACCCAGCUGCUACUCCAUCUGAACUUCUUGAAGUUAUAAAAGCUGUAGAAGAGGAAGAAAUUGUAGGCGAGGAAGGUAGUCCUAUAAAAGAAACAACAAAUGAUGACAUUAAAAGACCUAAUGAUGAGGAAAUGAUAAAUGACACAGGAAAAUUUGGAAAUGAGAGGGAGAAAAAUGAUAAAGGUGUUAACGAAAUUGGACCUUUGGAAGAGGACAAAUAGAAGGGGGUAUUGGCAAGAGCUUUUUGACUGUUGGAGGGAAUCAGAUUCAGGACUGUCAUUCUUCUGGAGAACUGUGGAAGGACGAUCCCUAGUAACAUUGCAUAUCUUGCGAAUUGAAGACCAUGAGAAGUUGGAACUCCAGGUCAUGCGCCAUCAAAAACUGAUUUAUUGCCUCGUGCAAACUGCUAUUACAUUUUCCGGGGGAACACUUGUUUCUGGUGGAACUUAUGUACAUAGAGGUCUAGAGGUCUGGCUGCAAGCUAUCUUUCCCUUCUGUUUUAUAGGUUCUUCUCCCAAUUUUCACAUCAUUUUUUUGUAGCCUUCAGAAAUUGACGCGUUUCCCAGCCUCUAUGCGAAGUUGUACUACUUUUUAGCUCUCAAUAUAGAUUAAUAACAGUCAAUUGCAAGUUGAUUCCAUUUUCCUCUUUAUCAUGCUUGAUUGGCCCCAUUUUGCAAGAUUAAUCUAAUGGAUCGUGCCAAUUCCCACCAUGUGUAUUUUCACACUUGGUUUCCCCCUUUCCAAAGGAAGAUUAAGUUUCUUGAAGAUAGAUUCUUUUUUGUAAUAUUAUGUGAUUUUAAUUUUGGUUAACAAUCGACUCAAAUACUUGAUCACUAAUA